UUAAGCCAAUUGAGUAUGCUUUUAUUUUUGCUUUUCUUAAAUUUAACCCCCAACUUUUAUUAAUUAGCUAAAUUUAUCUUUCAUUAUAUUUUAAGCUAUUUAUAACCUCACAAUUAUAUUUUAAGGCUAUUUAUACCCUUAUCAAACUUAUCAAACAUAUUCUUAAUUUGAAUGGAAACACCCAAAUCAAAAUAUAAUUCUUAAUUUUACUUAAAUUAUCCUAUUUCCGCCUUUAACCCGACCCGAUCCACGUAAUUACUCAACCCAUUCCUAUUCAUCUCUCUAAGGAUUACUCCUUUUCAAAAGAACUGCCACCAUUAUACUACCCAUUUCCACCACCACAGUUGCCGGCGAGACCAACGACGACAACCACCAUGGACGUCUACUAUCUAUUUCCACUACGGACUUCUACUACGUGGUAACUCGAAUUUGGCGUGUGGAGUCAAUGAGAGUUUGUUUGAAUUGAGGUUUUGAGAGAAGAUGGUGGGUGUUUGACUUUGGAGCUGAAGAUGGUUUGUUUUGCUUUUUGAGGGGUGGAAUUGCUAAAUAUCAAUAUUUCUAAGCUGUUACUCUCUGUUUAUUGGUGUUGCAAAUGCGUGGGAAAUGCAGACAAUACCCAUCCACAAUCUUGUUAUUACUCAUUGGAGUUUUACCAUUUGUAGUUUAUGCCCUCCCCCUUCAGUGUGCAACCAAGAAACCUUUCUCUGUCCCUAAUUCAGAAGUUCAUACCUAAAGAGUGGAGGAGUGUUCGAGAAUCAGACCCCCGAAACUGUGGCCAAUCCGUGCCGUGUAGUUCUCAUGAAUGUAUUUCAGGGCCUUGUAAUGCAAGAAAUGAAUCUAUGGUGGAUUGCCUACUGACGACCUUGAAGGACUUUGUGGGCCAAGGUCACAUAUGUAAAGCCUUUAGAACUUUUUCUCUAAUUCGGACUCAUGUCUCCUCUCAAACCCCUUGUGAUGUCAUUAUACAGUCAUUAUCGUCUCUUUUAUCAUGUUGUACUAAUUGUAAGGCACUCUCUGAAGGGAAACAAAUUCAUGCCCACAUUAUUAAUUUGGGCGUUGCACAUAGUUGGAAUUUGGUGCCAAGGAUAAUUACCUUCUAUACGACCUUUGGUUUACUUGAUGAUGCUCAUAUAAUUGUUGAAACUUCAAAUAUUUUGCACCCUCUCCCUUGGAAUCUCCUUAUUUCUUCUUAUGUCAGAAAGGGACAGAAUGAAGAGGCAUUCUUUGCCUACAGGCAGAUGGUGAAUAGAGGUGUAAGACCCGAUGAUUUCACUUAUCCAUCUGUUCUAAAGGCCUGUGGUAAACAGUUAAAUCUUGUUUUGGGCAGGGAUAUUCACAAAUCUAUAGAUGCUAGUUUCCUAGAGGGUAACUUAUUUGUCCAGAAUGCUUUAGUUUCCAUGUAUGUGAAAUGUGGGGAAUUGGAUGUUGCACAUGAUAUAUUUGCAAGGAUGCCAAUUAAGGAUGCAGUUUCUUGGAAUUCAAUAAUCUCUGGUUAUGCUUCCAAAGGCAUGUGGAGUAAAGCUUUUGAGCUUUUUGAUAAAAUGAGGGCUACAGGUGCUGAAAUAAGUAUUAUUACUUGGAAUACCAUAGCUGGAGGUUGCUUGAGGACAGGUAACUUUAUCGGGGCUCUUAAAUUAUUCUCUCAAAUGAGAACUUGUGGAAUUCAGCUAGAACCUGUGUCAACACUUAUCGGUUUGAGUGCAUGUUCCCACACUGGUUUGUUAAAAAUUGGAAAAGAAAUUCACGGUUUAGUGAUUCGAAGUCACCUUGGUGAUGUUGAUAAUGUAAGAAAUGCUCUAAUCAAUAUGUAUGCCAGAUGCAAGGCACUUAAGAAGGCGCAUAUUUUGUUUCAGCUUGUUGACUCUAAAGCUGUAAUUACCUGGAAUACAAUUAUAUCUGGCUUUGCACAUUGGGACAUGUCUGAGGAAACCUCUUUUCUUUUCCGAGAAAUGCUGCUUUCUGGUGUUGAGCCGAAUUAUAUCACAAUAGCAGGCAUUCUCCCCCUGUGUGCUAGGGUGGCCAAUCUACAACAUGGUAAAGAAUUUCACUGCUAUCUUACAAGGCGUGAAGGGUUUGAGGAACAUUUGCUCUUGUGGAAUUCACUUGUGGAUAUGUAUGCAAGAUCCGGAAAGGUGGUUAUAGCCAGAAGGCUAUUUAAUUUGAUGAGCAAGAAAGAUGUAGUUACCUACACUUCGCUGAUAGCAGGAUAUGGUAUUCAAGGUGAAGGAAGGGAAGCAAUUGAACUAUUCAAUGAGAUGAUAAGGCUCCAUAUAAAACCAGACCAUGUGACCAUGAUUGCUGCAUUGUCAGCCUGUAGUCAUUCAGGCCUUGUGAUGCAGGGACAGAAACUAUUUGAACAGAUGCAAAGUACUUAUGGGAUAACUCCCCAUCUGGAGCACUUCUCUUGCAUGGUUGACCUCUUUGGUAGGGCUGGUCUACUUAAAAAGGCAGAGAAAAUUAUCAUGAAGAUGCCUUAUCAACCAACACCUGAAAUGUGGGCAACUCUCCUUGGAGCAUGCAAGAUUCAUAGGAAUACUGAGAUGGGAGAAUGGGCAGCUGAGAAGCUGCUGGAGCUGAAGCCUGAUAAUCCUGGGUACUAUGUGUUGAUUGCUAAUAUGUAUGCAGAUGCCGGACGUUGGAACAAACUGGCAGAAGUGAGGACCAUCAUGCGGGAUUUCGGUGUAAGAAAAUCUCCCGGAUGUGCUUGGGUCGAUACGGGUUCUGGGUUUUCUCCCUUUUUGGUUGCAGAUACCACCAGUGGCCAAACAAAUGACAUUUAUUAUCUACUGGGAGGACUGAAUAAGCAAAUAAAAGACACUGGUCACUUGACUACAGAGGAUUCGUCUUCCGAAGAAGAACUUUGUGAAGGACUCCUUUUUUAGGAAAGGAAAGGUGAGACUGUGAUCCAGUCCUUUGACUAUUUCCAUGAGGACUUUGCUCAUCUUUCCUGUUGAAAAGUAGAUCCCAUCACUCAUGCAGAAUAUGUGCCAGUUUGAUCAAACAUUCUGCUUUUUUUGCCACGGUUGAGGGCAUCUGACUUUCCCAGGGAGUACAAUAGAGCUUGUCUACAGAUCAGAAUGUCCUACAGUCCAGCAGCGCACCUGUUCCUUUUCUUAGUGCAGUGGACUGAUUGCCACCUUGCUGGUGCCCUUGGAUUGCUGAGAAUUCUAAUUUACAAGGUUUAGGUUGAUGGCACCAGAACCAUGUCAGUUCAAGAAAGGAAAGCAAGCAUUAGGGAGUUUUAUGCUGUUAUUUAUCCCUCCUAACGUCAACUUGAAAGAGGUGUUAUGGAUUCAGAAGACAAAAAGCAAAAAGCAGUUUGCAUGGAGAGAUACUGGAGAAGAGAUGAUGAGGAUUACAGACAGUCCUCUGACUCGGACAUUGAAAGGGAAGAGGAAUGUGGAAUCUGCAUGGAAAUGAACAGAAAAAUUGUCCUUCCCAAAUGCAAUCAUGCCCUGUGCUUGAAAUACCAUCGUGAAUGGCGUUUGAGGUCACAGUUAUGCCCCUUCUGCCGUGAUAGCCUUAAAAGGGUAAACUCUGGCGACCUGUGGGUAUACAUGGACAACAAAGACGUCGUGGACAUGUCAACGAUAACAAGGGAGAAUCUGAGGAGGCUAUUCAUGUUCAUAGAUAAGUUGCCCUUGAUCGUGCUGGACAAUGUUUUUUAUCACUAUGAUAUUCAUAUAAGGUAGAAGUGCAAUGCUUUCAUUGGGAUUGAAUCAUACUAAGGAUCAAGAAAUUUGUCAGACUAGAUUUAGAAAUUCAGGUGGAUUACUUUUUCACCUUCUGAUUAGAAGAACCCGACCGAGUCAUCGUGGCGCAGGGGUUGAAGCUAAGUUAGAUUAGCCAAAAAAUGGAGCUUUUUAAUUGCAUCUCCUAAUUUGUACAUGCUUGUACAGUACCAGUUUACUCCUUGAAAACACAAUGUACCUUUUGUUGUUUGUUUUCUAAUGUUUUAGCAUGCCAUAAACACCACCGGCAUUUGCUGCUUUCUCAAGUGGAGAGUUUUAUGGUCA